AUGAAGAUCAAAGCUUUGAGUAGGAGCGCAUCCUCGGCGCAGGUCCCAGGAUCUUCGGCGCAAAAACAGCCUCGCAACCUCGACCCUGCCCUCCACCCAUUUGCUCGCUCCCGCGAGUAUACCAGAGCCCUCAAUGCAACGAAACUCGAGCGGAUGUUUGCUGCCCCUUUUAUUGCACAACUCGGGAAGGGUCACGUAGACGGAGUCUAUACUCUUGCGAAGGAUCCCAAUUCAUUAGAGAGAUUUGCCAGCGGAAGUGGUGACGGCAUUAUCAAAGUCUGGGAUUUGGUCAGCCGAGACGAAACAUGGCACACCAGUGCUCAUGAAAACAUUGUAAAGGGAAUGGCCUGGACGCAUGACAAGAAGCUUUUGACUUGCGCAAGCGAUCGCUCAGUCAAGCUAUGGUCUCCAUACGAUACCCCUUCGGACAGCUCCCCAACGGCGACCUGGCUCGGAACUGGUGCCUUCACUAGUAUAUCACAUCAUCGAUCGAGCAAUUCGUUUGCAGUCUCGUCCGACGUCAUAUCAAUUUACGAUCUGGAAAAACAUACAGCCACUCCCGAAGUCCUUCGAUGGCCCACUACUACCGAUACCAUUACGAACGUGUCCUUCAAUCCGAUUGAGACCUCUAUCCUGGCAUCUGCGGCGACUGACAGAGCUAUUGUCUUGUACGAUUUGAGGACAUCCACGCCUUUGGCGAGGACUAUCCUGAAGUUUGCAGGAAACUCGAUUUCGUGGAAUCCUAUGGAGGCGAUGAAUUUUGCGGUGGCGAGCGAAGAUCACAAUGUCUAUAUUUUUGAUGCGAGGAAGAUGGAUCGGGCUUUGAACGUAUUGAAGGACCACGUAGCGGCAGUAAUGGAUGUUGAAUUCAGCCCUACUGGAGAAGAGCUCGUCUCGGCAAGUUACGACAGAACAAUCAGGCUAUGGAGCAGGAUGAAGGGUCACUCGAGAGAUAUCUACCACACAAAGCGAAUGCAGCGAGUCUUUUCCUGCAAGUGGACUCCGGAUUCCAAAUACAUUCUGUCUGGAUCUGACGACGGAAACAUCCGGCUGUGGCGCGCCAAUGCUUCCGCGAGAGGAGGCAUCAAGUCAGCCAAGCAACGGCAAGCAUUGGAGUACAGCGAGGCUUUGACGCAGAGAUAUGCGCAUAUGCCUGAGAUCAGACGUAUCAAGCGCCACAGACACAUUCCGAAGGUGGUCAAGAAGGCUGGGGAGAUCAAGACCGAGGAGCUGAAGGCUAUCAAGAGGAAAGAGGAAAACGAACGCAAACAUACGAAGAAACAGUUUUCGAAGAGAAGGAACGAGAGAGAGAAGAUGAUUUUAGCGACGGAAACGUGA